GUCACCCACUGAAGGAGAACAGCAGGGUGUCUGUAACUUGUGUCUCCACUGUGGAGAUGUUGUAAACUGAAGAGAAGUGUUUCAGUCCAUGAGUGAAGCUGUAAACCGUCCUCACCGUCACAAUGUGGAGACUUACCGGUGAACCAAAGAGCUCCUUCAGCUCUGCCGCGGGACCGCGCGCUGCUGCCGCCGCGGUCACCUGUCUGCUCGUGACCGGCAUGCUGGUCGUCACUGUGGGACAGCCGAGCACAGGAGACCCGGUGGAGCCUCCAGCUGCUGCUGCGACCACCAGCGGAAAAGUUUUCUCGGCGUAUUUCCGGAAACUCACCCGGGAGAGGCGAGCGGUGAGCGACCAUCCGCGGAGAAGCGCUCCCCCCGGGCCGGUGGAGCAUCUCUCCCCGGCUGACCUGUUCAUAGCGGUGAAGACCACUGGGAGAUACCACCGGCAGAGACUGGAGCUCCUGCUGGACACCUGGAUCUCCAGGAACAUGCAACAGACGUUCGUGUUCACUGAUGGAGAGGACGAGAAGCUGAGGAAAAGGAUGGGAGCUCACCUGAUCAACACCAACUGCUCAGCGGCUCACAAUCGUCAGGCCCUCUCCUGUAAGAUGGCUCUGGAAUACGACACUUUUAUUAACUCUGGGAAGAAGUGGUUCUGUCACGUCGAUGAUGAUAACUACCUGAACGUCGGCUCCCUCCUGAAGCUCUUGUCUCAGUACAGUCACACACAGGACGUUUACAUCGGACGGCCCAGCUUGGAGCGACCAAUAGAAGCCACAGAGAGUCUCGGCACCACUGACAUGAAACAGGUGCAUUUCUGGUUCGCCACAGGAGGAGCAGGAUUCUGUCUGAGCCGUGGCCUCGCUCUCAAGAUGAAACCCUGGGCGAGCGAUGGCGCCUUCAUGGCAACAGCUGAGCACAUUCGCCUCCCGGACGACUGCACCGUCGGUUACAUCGUGGAAGCGCUGCUUGGCGUGAGCCUCAUCCGCUCAGCGUUGUUCCACUCCCACCUGGAGAACCUGGGACUGGUGUCAGACAUACACAACCAGGUGACUCUCAGCUACGGCACAGUGGAAUACAGCAGGAACACUGUCAACGUGAAAGGACCAUUUUCAAUAAAUGAAGAUCCUACGAGGUUCAGGUCAGUCCAUUGUUUGCUGUACCCAGACACUGCUUGGUGCCCGAGCCCCCGGCGACUUUAACACCCAUCCACAGGCUCAGGCAGACUGGUGGAGGAGAACAAGUUAAUGUCUGGCGUAACUCGAUUCUCUCUGAUGGAGGAGGAAAUCAUUGCAGACAUCCAGGAAAAAAGGGAGUGUCACUGCUGCCCACCUCUGGCCUUUAAGUGCUGAAGAAUCUGUGGAACAUUUAAACAUAAAUGUUUUCCUUUAUGUGGAACUAUCAUUUUAUUAGUUUGACACCUGAACUCUGACCCUGUCUGGUGUCAGAAUGGCAAAAAUUGCACCAAAAGAAGACUUAAGGUCACAGUUCUUGGACAGAUGAAAAAUGGAGACGACUUAUUUUACUUUUUACAUAUUUUCAUUUCCUGAGGGUGGCACAAGAGGGAAAGCCCUAUUGUAGCCCUGUCAGACCUGCCUUAUCUUUCCUCUGUCUCACACUCAGCUGUCCUUUGUCAGUUUCAGUUCUCGUUUGUUACCUUCAGCUGCACUCAGGCUCAGCUGUGUAUUGAGGUUAAAGGGACAGUUCACCCGCAAAUCAAAAAUACAUAUUCGUUCCUCUCACCUAUAAAGCUAUUUAUCAGACUAGAUUGUUUUGGUGUGAGUUGCAGAGUGUUGGAGUUAUCAGACCUAGAGAUGUCUGCCCUCUCUUCAGUAUA